AUGUUGAGCUCGAGUUGCCUCUGCUCCUCCAGCAGAAUUGUGUCGGCGCAGUGCUUGGCUGGCUUCCACAACAGAGCCGGCUUUGCAGCGGUGCAGAGGAAAUUUGCCAGCAUGGCUUGGGUGCGCACAGCCUGCGCAUAUGGCAACUACGAGCAGCUGACUGCAGCAGCAGAGGAGGAUCCUGAGCUGCUCAGCACGCCUGAUGAACUCGGGUACUACCCGCUUCAGUGGGCGGCGUUGAACAACAGAGUGGGCAUCAUAGCCUACCUCAUUGAUAAAGGCGUCAAUGUCAACAGAGCUGAUGGCACGGGGCAGACAGCGCUGCACUGGACGGCAGUCAGGGGAUCCCUGCUGGCUGCCGAGGCCCUGCUGGGCAAUGGAGCAGACCUGCGGCUGCGGGAUGGCAGGGGCUACACAGCAUGCCACGUGGCGGCACAGUACGGCCAGACUGCCUUCAUCUAUAUGGUUGCACUGCGGUGGCAUGCUGAUGUGGACAGCCCCGAUGUGGAUGGUCGAACACCCCUUCACUGGGCAUCCUACAAGGGCUAUGCAAACACGCUGCGGCUGCUCAUAGUGCUAGAGGCCAGCUUGACGCUUGGAGAUCGGGAAGGCUGCACUCCUCUUCAUUGGUCGGCCAUCCGGGGGAACAGCGAAGCAUGCACUGUCCUUCUGCAGGCCGGUGCAGGCGGUGUCCUGAAUGCACCAGAUGCCACGGGGAUGGUGCCAGCGCAGCUUGCUAGGGAGAAGGGGCACCGCUUCCUAGCUCACUACUUGGAAGAAUACGCCACCAGACAUGUCAACAAGAGCAGGCAUUGGACACAGAGGGCAGCAGUGUCAUGGCUGCUCAACACGCAGCUCUGCCCGCUGAUCUGGGCCCUCAUCCUGGGCCUGCUUGCUGUCUUGGUGGUCCUGCAUCCCGCGUACGGGCCGCCCUCGUCUACAUUGCUGGCGUGGACGUGGGUUUGUCUUCUGUUUGCCACGGCCGGCCUUGCGCUGCUGUACAGGACAACAACUGCAGACCCUGGCUUCCUGCCCUGCCGAGACUCCCGGCAACAGUCCAAGGGCAGGGUGCCACUUGACUCCCCAGUCUUGAGGGCGGGCAACUGGAAUCAGCUCUGCGUCACAUGCAAGAUUGUGAGGCCGCUGCGCGCAAAGCACUGCGCGGUCACACACCGCUGCGUGGCCAUGUUUGACCACUUCUGUCCUUGGGUGGGCAACUGCAUCGGCGCGGGCAACCGCCACUACUUUGCGCUGUUCCUCUGGCUGGAAAUGGUGGCCGUGCUGGUGGCUGCUGCGCUGGCUGCUGCGCGGUUGCGCUGGGGCAGCUACAGCCUGGGGGAGGGUGGCUCCGCCACAACCUGGACAGCUGUCUUCCUGGUCGUGGAUGUCUUCCUGGGCUUGUCCGUGGGCGCUCUCUCUGUCACUCAGGCGAUGCAGAUUGCGCGCAACACCACGACCAAUGAGAUGGCCAACUGGACCCGCUACAAGUACCUGCACGGGGACGACGGCAGCUUCAAGAACCCCUUUGACAAGGGCUGCCGGCAGAACUGCUCGGAGGCCAUGUGCGGCAAAACCGCCGCGGCUGUGCGGCUGCACCCGGACUCCAUCGAGCUCACCAGCCUGCUCAGAAUGGAGGAAGGGCAACAUGCUAAUGGGCUUUCCUUUCGACAAUAACAUGCAUGAUGCAGAUUUACAAGGCGCCUGAAGGCACCUGAAUAGGGAUGUCUUGACUUCUUGUAGCGCCGGGUGCGCCACACAGAAGCGUUGUGCUGACUCGGGCGAAUAAGUCAGAGCAACACACUGCAAAGGAAUCAUGAGUUUAACGAUGUUAACCGCGAUCACUGAUCAGUUGCGACUGAUCAUUGACUGCAAGCGCUUUAAUUUAGUGUACCUCUAGCUAGGCUAGGCUGGUGGCAAACUGUGGUCCUCAAAUUUUCUGUGAACUGCAAAAUAUCCCUGUAAGAAUAGAUAGACCAUC